AUGUGGACCAAGACUUUCCUUCUCGUAGUGGCCGUUGCCUACACACAAGCUUUCUCGCCAGUGUCAAGCAUCAGCAGAGGCAUCUUGUCCAGACCCGCACCUCUGAAGGCAGUGGUCGAUGUUGACAGUGAGGCCGCCUUUGAUAAGACCAUCAAGAGUGCAGGUGAUUCUUUGGUUAUUGUCGACUACUCCACAACUUGGUGUGGACCAUGCAAGGUCAUUGCCCCAAAAUUUGAUGAACUGAGCGAGAAGUACCCUGAUGCAGUAUUCCUGAAGGUUAUUGGCGAUGCCACUCCAGAAGCUUCGAAAUUGAUGAAACGCGAGGGUGUUCGAUCUGUUCCCUCCUUCCACUACUUUGUUGGUGGUGAAAAAGUAGAUGUUGUCAAUGGUGCCAAUGCUGAAGCAAUUGAAUCAACCAUUACCAAGCACACAUCGUAA